CGGCCAGGCCCAGAGAUGGCGCCAACCCCCAGCGUCGAUAAAGUCUCCGGGUUCAGCAGUGAUGAAUGCUGAGCUCCCUCGGAGACGUGGACGCCGCAGAAGACGCUCGGGCCAUGGACGCGGGCGUCCCGGAGCAGGAGGCCGCAGCGGUGGCACCCGAGCCUCCAAGCCCUCCCAGUGCAGACGUGAGUCCCCCGCCCCCCACAUCGCCACCACCCGCCACACCCCCAGGAGGCCCCGACGAGAUGGAGGGGCAGGAGCCAGAGCCUGCGCCGGAGGAGGAGUCGGGCAGCGUCUGGAGUGGGCCAGACGAGCUGGAGCCGGUGCUGCAGGAUGGGCAGAGGUGCGUGCGGGCGCGGCGCAGCCUCCCCAAGGGCCUGACCUGGGGCCCGUUCCGCGGGAGCAUCCGGAGCAGAGCCCCGUCCCCUGGGCAGGCGGAACCGGGCCCGGCCCUGACCCUGCUGCUGGAGGAGGAGCCCUGCUGGCUGAGGACGCUGCCGCAGGCAGAGGCCGAGGCCAACACGGAGAUCUACAGGAAGGAUGAAGCCCUCUGGUGCCGACUCACCAAGCCGGUGCCCACGGGCGGACUGCUAGUGGUGCUCCUCACCGCGGCUGAGCCCCGUGGCACCCCCAGCCACCCCGUGAAGAAGGAGCCGGCUGAGCCCGAGUGCCCGGCCCCCUCCCACACCGACAUCCAGCUCCUGCCCCAGCAGGCCGGCAUGGCGUCCAUCUUGGCCACAGCAGUCAUCAACAAAGACGUCUUUCCCUGCAAAGACUGCGGCAUCUGGUACCGCAGCGAGAGGAACCUGCAGGCGCACCUGAUGUACUACUGCGCCAGCCGCCAGGCCAGUGGCUCCCCGGCCGCCGCCGCCGAGGAGAAGCCCAAGGAGACGUACCCCAACGAGCGCGUCUGCCCGUUCCCCCAGUGCCGCAAGAGCUGCCCCAGCGCCAGCUCCCUGGAGAUUCACAUGCGCAGCCACAGCGGAGAACGGCCCUUCGUGUGUCUCAUCUGCCUGUCAGCCUUCACCACCAAGGCCAACUGUGAGCGGCACCUCAAGGUGCACACAGACACACUGAGCGGUGUCUGCCACAGCUGUGGCUUCAUCUCCACCACAAGGGACAUCCUCUACAGCCACCUCGUGACCAACCACAUGGUCUGCCAGCCAGGCUCCAAGGCUGAGAUCUACUCACCAGCGGCCGCACACCCCACUGCCAAGCUCCCCCCAGACAGUCUGGCCAGCUUCCAGCAGCACACGGCCCUCCACGGCCCCUUGGCUUCCACCGAACUGGGCCUGGCGCCCACCCCAUCGCCAGGACUGGACAGGAAGGCUCUGGCUGAGGCCACCAAUGGAGAGGCCAUAGAGGCCCCCCAGAACGGGGGCAGCAGCGAGCCCCCCGGGGCCCCCCAGGCCAUCAAGACAGAGGCUGUGCCGGAGGAGUCCAAGGCGGAGCCAGGGCCCCCAGCUGCAUCAAGGACCCCCUCACCACCCAGCCCUGCCGCUGCUAGGGUGAAAGCGGAGCUGUCCAGCCCCACACCGGGCUCCAGUCCGGGCCCCGGGGAGCUCGGGCUGGCGGCCGGCGCACUCUUCCUGCCGCAGUUCCCCGCAGCGCCCCCGGCCUCAGAGAUCCUGGCCAAGAUGUCCGAGCUGGUGCACAGCCGGCUGCAGGCAGGCACAGGGGCACAGGCCGGCCUCUUCGCGGGGGCCCCCAAGGGUGCCACGUGCUUUGAGUGCGACAUCACUUUCAAUAACGUCAACAACUUCUAUGUGCACAAGCGCCUCUACUGCUCCGGCCGCCGCCCGCCCGACGACACGCCCCCAGCGCGCAGGGUCAAGGUCCCCCCAGCCCCAGUCCCCGCACCUCCUGGCCCACCGCCCCCCGAGGCCGACUCAGGGCGUGCAUCGCCAGGCUCUGGGGCGCGCGAGGAAGAGGCAGGGGACGCGGCCACACCCGAGACGGAGACCGAGGCCGAGGCGGGCAGCCGGGGCAGCCCCAGCCCGGGCCGCGGGGCAGCUGACCGGCCGGACGCUCCGGCCGCCUGA